AUUCGGCGACCGACCAGCGACGCUCUUGUUCCCACACAACAGACCAUCGGACCGGGAAGCGACGGCCUCCAGACCUGCGCACAGCAAACACACCAUGCCCGCCGAGCCUCCACCGACCAUCUCGCGCACACAUCGAACACCUCCCUGAGCGGCCUACAGCCCUCCUGUCCUUCUGUCCCCAUUGACUUCCAACCGCCGAGCUAUUGAGCCGUCCGGACAGACACCCCGAGCAGGACGACGCUGCUAUCAACGCAUACCAUCCGACACCGAACGCUUCCAGACCAGACAGAGCAGAGCGCAUUGCCAUUGCGGAGAACAGCCAGUUGGAUAUACCACACCACGCCUACUCGAAUCACGACAAUGGGUGUCUCAGAAAGCAAGAUCGCCUUCAAGCAGACUGUAUCGCGGCUUUUGGACAAUCGCAAUAUCGACUCUGCACAUCCAAUAUGGAACGAGUUGUGGACACUCCCAGAGACAGCCGACGAUGUCUUCAGCUUCUGGGCAGCCAACGACAUCCGGGAGCUCUUGUGGACACACCCAAACCAGAAGAUUAGAAAUUUGAUUACCUUGCUGUACGUGACCAUCGCACGAUUGGAGCAGCUUCAGACACAACAUGUCUUUCCAGAACAACCCAGCAUGACCAAUCGACAGAUUGUCAAUUGCAUGCGCAUCCUGACCCGCGUGAUACCUUUCAUACAUGAAGCCGAGAACAUGCAAGAAUGGGCCAACCGCUUCUUCUGGCAGCCACAGCGGCCGACAUAUCUGAACUGGGACCGCUUGAAUUCCCGGCCGAACCAGCAUUAUGAUGGUCUUCGUCCGAAUGUGCUCUACGAUCGUCAGGAUGCAGAUAAAGAGAUUGGACCACCACUGGGUCAGAGACUUCUUGAUGUUGUCACCAAAUAUCUGUUCUUCGCCGGAUUCACCUUACCGAGCCGAGAGACCAAAGAUGGCACACCAGACCUGGAGAUCACGCUCAAAGUCUGGCAUUCCGGCGUUGGUAGCGGGUCCAGUCCUUAUUGCACACCAGACAAUUUCCGGAACCAGUACGAGACCGCACGGCUACUGCUCACCUUGGCAAGCCGCACUAUGUAUAUUCGUCCGGACCAGGUCGCCAUGGCUGAUAACAAGGCUCUGACAUAUUUGACGACGCAACUGAAUCAGCGCAUGAUCAAUGCAAUUAACUGCUCUUUGCUGAACACCGUAAUGCGAUUCCAGCCCACGGUGUGGAGCCCCAUGAUUGAUUGGGAGGCGCGACGGGACAAUAAGAAGGUCCUCGUCAGCACCUGUCUUCAAUAUCUGCUUGUCAGCAUGGUUUACAUUCCACCACUCGGUCCGGAUGGCAAAUCUGUUAAGAAUCUUUUCCGCAACUCCAUGGCCUCGCUGUUUCGUCCGGACGACUUCCAGUUCACUGAUCGAGGCAUCAAGCGUGUGCUCGAGCAACCGGUCUCGUCCAAUAGGUCCUUCAUCCCUAAGAGCGAUAAGGUGGAGUGGGCCCCGGACAUGCUGAGCUUCCUUUGGGAAAUGGUACAGUGCAAUAAGAAGUUCCGCCGAUACCUUUGCGACACCAGAAUCGCGAUGGACUACUUCGUGAUUCUGCUCUACUAUGUCAUGGACGGUAUCCGCGACACGACAAACUCGAAGCUUGGUGUUGUCCGCAUGAGCGUGUGCAUCCUUCAGUCCCUGAGCACCGACCGGGUCUUCGCAACCCACCUGAGAGCACCCUUCCUCCACGUGGACUCUCUGCCUGAGGUCAUGCGAAUUAAGAGUUUCCAUGGCUCUUAUGCUGACUUCCUCGUUUGCUCGAUGGCCGAUAUCAUUUUGACUACUGAGGAGCGCAUGGAGCCAGUAUACAGCCCCUGCAUCGACAUCAUCAAGAACAUCGCACCAUACCAGAAGCAUCUCGAGCGUGCAACUUCGUCCAAGCUCAUGCGGAUUUUCGAGAAGUUGGCACGGCCAGGCUACUUGCUGAGAAACGAUGGUAACAACGUUGUUCUGAAGGGGUUGUUGCAGGCAUGCCAUGCAAUCCUCGAAAACAACUUCGAAGAAAACCCGCAGUUUGUGAAGGUCUUGAUAGCAAGCAAGCACCGCUUUCAAGCCCUGCGCGAUCUUACUGUUGAUAAUGCCUUGGCGGAGCUGGAUCGACAAGCGCUUGAACGCAAGGAGCGUGGCGACACAGCUGUGGUUCGUAGUCCGUCUCGACAAUCCUCGUUUGAUAAUGUUCGCACGCCUGCGAAUGCAAGAGCAGCGUCUCUGCAUAACGUGCCCGAACACGAAAAGCUCGAUGACGAUCAAAGAUUUGCCAUAGGAGACGACGAAGAUGAAGAUGGCGAUGGUGAAGCAGAAAGUGCUGUGACUUCACCAAUGUCAGAGACAGGUCCCGACGUGCGUCUUAGCGAAAGAGCGCGCGGGAAACAGCCGUUAUUGAUUGAGACAACCCGCAAAGCAAGCACUACAAGCUUGCCUACACCCACCCCAAUGAACACAUCGCAGACAUUCCGACCAUCACAACAGUGGCUAGAAAGCUGGGUCUCGCAAUCGCCGCUCGAAGAAAUCCUGCACACCAUCGAAGAAGCAGAGCUCAGACGACGACAUGUCGCUAGCGCUAGAAACUCCACUUCCGAAGAUAGUCACCUUCCCGACACAAACAUCAAGCCAGCAGGCGGAGGACCAGCCAGCUUCCAGUGGACAGCAGCUGCAAUCGGAUGGUACAAUGCGCUGAUAUGGAGUCGGAUCUAUUUACAAGAAGGCGAGGCAUUUCAAGGCCCGAACGGUCUGUACAGUGCUACAGACAUACGCUUGUUCAGGAGACACUCUGCUAGAGAAGAGGUCUCGUUGCGGAAUCCUAAGGGCGCUAUUGAUGCGGUCGGCAAUUCGCUUGCGCAGAGGAUAGGGAGCUUGUCGAUUACGAGCCCGACGACGGGGAAUAAAUGA